UUUUUAUUUAGUUUGUAACCGUUCCUUAUACGAAUGCGUCGUAUGUAACCGUAGAACGAUUUACUGUUUGUUUUGUUUCGAUAAUAUCAACAGAUGAGUGUAAAAGUGCUGAAGCUUUUGCGAGCUUAUCGGCGCCUGACGCCAGCCGGCCUUGGGAUGGGCGGGCGUAGGAUGAUCAAGGCGGCAGCAGUGCUGAUAGCUCUAGGAUACUGCAGUUUAUUAGUUUAUCAUGGGGGUGUUAAUUUCAACUUCCAAGAAACUAGGCCGGGAGGUGUGCAAGUCUCUGACCUGUCGAUAGAGCCGGUGACUAAAACAACAAUCGAUGAUAGUGGACUGAACAAGAAUAUAACACUGGAUGACAUUUUUAUAAGUGUGAAAACAACAAAACAUUACCAGUACACGAGAUUGCCGAUCAUAUUGAAGACAUGGUUCCAAUUGGCAAAGCAACAGACGUGGUUCUUUACUGACACGGAAAAUCGACAGCACCAGAAUCAAACAAAUGGCCACAUGGUAAACACGAACUGCUCAGCGUCGCACCAACGUAAACAUCUAUGCUGCAAAACGUCCGUCGAGUAUGACCAUUUCCUAGAAAGCGGUAAGAAAUGGUUCUGCCACUUCGACGAUGACAACUACGUGAACGUGCCGCGUUUGGUCAACAUGUUGCAAAAGUACAACCAUCAAGAAGAUUGGUAUCUCGGACGGACGUCUGUUUAUGAGCCAGUCAAAAUUUACAAGAAACCGAAGAACAAGUUGAUGUUCUCGUUUUGGUUCGCCACCGGCGGCGCUGGAUUUUGCAUAAGCAAAAGUUUAGCUCUCAAAAUGCUACCUGUUGCGAGCGGGGGCAGGUUCAUCAGCAUUUGCGAGGGCAUACGGUUACCAGAUGAUGUCUCCAUGGGUUUUAUCAUAGAACAUCUGAUGAAGAAGAACUUGACUUUAGUACCGGAGUUCCAUUCUCAUCUAGAACAAAUGAAGCUACUUCCUCCAGAGAUGUUCCGAGAUCAGAUCUCGUUCAGCUAUGCCAAAGCCAAGGACGAGUGGAACGUAGUCAAUGUUCCAGGGUUCGAUACCAGAUAUGAUCCUACCAGGUUCUUGUCGCUGCAUUGUUUUCUGUUCCCUCACUUUAAGUUUUGUCCAAGAUAGCGUGUCUGGAAGCAACUGCCUCGCAAAAUACGGAAUCAAAGUUUUAUUUACUGGUUAAAAAUCCUUGUUACGAACUUGGAAUUGGUGCAAUAAUUCCCGUAAUGUAAAUGACGUCAGCAUAUCGCGCAAGAAUUGUGAAAGAGUAAACAAUUAUGACUUUUAGGUUGUGAUAUUAAUGGAAGAGAUGUGUAAAGAACUGUAGUAACCUUUAUGUAAUUGUUUUGUAAAUGCUAUUAACAAAUGUAUUUAAAUGCUUUAGUUCUACAUUAGUUUACAUUAUUCACUUAAUCUGUGAUAUUAGUAUAAUGAAUAUUAAAAUUGUAAUUACUCGUAAUUACGUGCUAUAAAUAUUGUAUUUAAAAAUCUCCAAAAGGGAAAAGUUAUGACAUUGUUUAUAAAUUAAGUUGUUUAUGAAAUAAACAAUUUGAAAA